UCUACUUGUUAUGUACAACGAGCGUCAGGCGGUCACGCCACGUUUUUUCUCAAUUCAUCGCCGAUUUCUUAGGCGUGAAAAAAUUUAACACAUUUUUGAGUUAAAUAUUACUGUAAUAAUUUGUCAACAUGUCUCGAUACAGUCAAAGACCAGAAAAUGCUUUGAAACGUGCUAAUGAAUUUUUGGAAGUUGGUCGUCCAGGUCGAGCACUUGACACCCUAUAUGAAGUAUUUAGAAAUAAAAAAUGGGCUUACAACUGGAGCGAAAGUGUUCUCGAACCUAUCAUGUUCAAGUAUUUGGACCUUUGCGUUGACCUCAAGAAGUCACAUAUUGCCAAAGAGGGGUUAUUUCAAUAUAGAAAUAUGUUUCAAUCUGUUAAUGUUGGAUCACUUGAAAAUGUUAUUCGAGGAUAUUUAAGAAGUGCUGAAGAACGUACUGAAGCAGCUAGAGAACAAUCGCAACAAGCUGUUGUUGAUAUAGAUGAUUUAGAUAAUUUGGCUACUCCAGAAAGUAUACUGUUGAGUGCUGUGAGUGGAGAAGAUGCUCAAGAUCGUAGUGAUAGAACAAUUUUGACACCUUGGGUUAAAUUUUUAUGGGAAUCAUAUUGCCAAUGUUUGGAGUUAUUGAGAACUAAUGCUCAUGUAGAGACAUUAUAUCAUGAUAUUGCUAAAAUGGCAUAUCAAUUUUGUCUAAAAUACAAUCGUAAAACUGAAUUUAGAAAAUUGUGUGAUAAAUUACGUAAACAUCUAGAGGAUAUUGCUAAACUUCCAGCACAAACUGUUAAUGUUAGUCUUUCAAAUCCAGAAACACAACAAUAUAAUUUAGAAACUAGAUUAUAUCAAUUAGACUAUGCAAUUCAAAUGGAAUUAUGGCAGGAAGCUUACAAAGCAACUGAAGAUAUUCAUAAUUUAAUGACUUUAGCUAAGAAGUCACCUGUACCUAAAACUAUGGCUAAUUAUUAUCAAAAAUUAGCAAUGGUCUUUUGGAAGGCAGGUUACAAUUUAUUCCAUGCUGCUGCUCUACUUAAAUUAUUCCAGCUUAGUAAGGAAAUGAAAAAAAAUAUAACUGCUGAAGAACUUCAAAGAAUGGCUUCGCGUGUAUUGUUGGCUACUCUAGCUGUACCAUUACCAUCAGCACAUCCAGAAUUUGAUCGUUUUAUUGAAACUGAUAAAAGUCCCUAUGAGAAAGCUCAGAAAUUAGCAGUAUUAUUGAGUUUACCUGCACCACCUACCAGAAUUUCUCUUUUGAAAGAAGUUGUUCGUCAUAAUGUUAUUCAAUUAGCUUCUGAAGAUUUAAGAAAUUUAUAUUUCUGGCUUGAAGUUGAUUUCCAACCUUUAGAGUUAUGCAAACGUGUUGAAUCUGUAACAGAAUCACUCAUUGGUAGUGGUAGUGAAUUAGAAGGUUAUGUUGUACCCGUGCGUGAAGUUACUCUAGCACGGCUUAUCAGACAACUUUCUCAAAUUUAUGAAACAAUUGAAUACAAAAGAUUGUUGGAAUUAGCAUCAUAUUGUAAACCAUUUCAUAUGGAACGUAUUUUGGUUGAUCUAGUUAGACAUAAUGACAUGCAGAGUACCCCAGAUCAAUUGCAGAUCAGAAUUGAUCAUGGAAAAGGAUGUAUUCAGUUUGGAAUGGACUUGUCUGAGUCACAGCGAGAAGAUAAACCAGAAGGACCAACUUUACAAACAAUGCCUAGUGAACAAAUACGCACAUAUCUCAUUAAUGUUUAUAAAGUUUUGUCAAAAUCUGCUAAUAUCAUAAACCCAGAAGCUAAUAUGGAUGAACAUAAAAAAGUCCAUCAAAGCUUAAUUAGAUAUCAUCAUGAAUCUAAAGAUAACGAGCACCAGCGCAUAUUAGCUCGUCAUAAAAUUAUUGAAGACCGUAAAGAGUAUUUAGAACGACUUAACACAGUCAGGGAAGAAGAAGAAGCUCGAAGAGCUGAAGAAAUUGCUCGUGCUGCUGCUUUAGCUGAAUUAAGAAGAUUAGAAGCUGAACGUGAAGAAAGAGAGAAAAGACGACAAGAAUCAGAAAUGCAAGCUAUUAAAGAUCGUAAUUUUAAAGAAAAAAUGCAGCAAAUAUCUCAAACUGCCCAUGGACAAAAAGUUUUAAAAAAACUCAAUGAAGAUGCUCUUAAAAAUAUGGAUGCUGACGAAAUUGCAGCCAAAGAAGCUGAAGAGCUUGCCAAAGAACGAGCAGAAUUAGUUCAAAAGCUAAAGAAUCGCAGGAAACAGAUGGAUUAUUUUGAAAGGGCUAAACGAAUUGAAGAAAUUCCACUUUUAGAUCAAGCAUGGAAAGAAAAGCAAGUUCAUGACAAGAAGUUUUGGGAGCAUCAAGAGGCUGAGCGUAUACAGUUAGCAAUUCAAGAACGUAAAUUAGCCGAACAGAAUCGCGAAAGACUAGCACGUAUGAAACCAGAUAUGGAUAUCUUCUUAAAUGAACUUAAGGCCCGUCGUACUGUUGAAUUCCAAACAAAAUUGGAAGUAUUUGAAGAAGAAUUAGUAGUAAUUCGUAAAGAACGGUUAAAGAAGAGAAAAGAGGAAAGAAAAGCAGCACUAAUAAAGCAACGUGAAGAAGAAAAACGGCGUAAAGAGGAAGAAGAAAAGCAACGUAGAGAAGAAGAAGAACGUAAAAGAAAAGAAGAAGAACGUAAGAAAAAAGAAGAAGAAGAAAGAGCUGCUAACUUGGCCCGCAAAGAACAACUUGAAAGACAAGCUGAAAUACAACGUAAAAAAGAAGAAGAAAUUCAAAGAAAACUUGAAGAAAAAGAUAAAACUCUUUCUUCUUCUACAACAACAACAUCUUCGUGGAGAGCUGCUGAUAAAAACAAGGAAGAUUCCAAAAUUUUUGGUGCAAGAGAUAAAGAUAAACGAGGAGAUGGUUUUGGUAGAAACCGAGAUGAUGCACCACCUUCAGAGCGUCGUCCUGUAUUCAACAGGGGUAAUGAUGAAAGAAAAGGAGGAGUUUUUGGUGCAAGAGAUGGUGGAGAACGUAGUAGUUGGAGUCGAGGAGGUGGUAGUUCUAGCGGUGGUGCAUUUGAUAAAUCUUUCAAAGAUGGUAGCAGAGAGGGAGGUAGAUCAGCUUUUGAUAGAGACACUCCAAGAAAACGUGAGAUCCCUUCAUCUAAUAAUGAUCAGGGUAACUGGCGUACUAGUCGAGUUAAUGAUUCUGAUGACAAACGCAAGGCAAAGUAAAUUCAAUAGCUGCAAAAAUAUUUCAUUGUUUAUCAAAUUCUGAUGUAUUUUUAUUUAUUUUUUCAUGUUUUUCAAAUGUAACUAAUCGUUUUUUUUUUUUUUGUAUUUACAAAAUUAUAAAGUAAAAAAAAAUUGUAAAAUAGAUGAAUACAUUUCCACUUGGUA